CAUUUGUGUCCGUGUAAAUUUUUGUUAACGCACCAACACUUGUGUCGGUGUAAACUAUCAAAAUAUUUGUGCAAAACUGUGGUGUAACAUUUUUUGGAUAAGUGUAGCAUGGUCCAUUCAGAAUUUCAGAUUCUUCUUCCCAGUUCUUCUAUCUUCUUCCCCCAGUGAAGCGCACCGCAGAAUUGCAGGAGCCAAACAACUCCCUUAAACCGAACUUGUCAUUUCAUCAUCCACCGGCACCGCCGCAUCGCCACCGCCUCCAAUGGCUUCUUCAUUACCGCUUCUCCACUCCUCCCCCUCCAAGUUCCACGCCCUGCUCCCACUGAAUUAUCUCCCCUUACAGUCCCGGAACGCUGGAAUUUUGCAUCGCGAUUUAUCUGCGAAGGCCGCGUCAGGGAUAGUUCUGGUGGAUAAAGCCGAAUCCGAGAAGACCAAUCGGCUCAAGACAGCAUACGUGGAAAGAGUCGUUCCUCUGCUCAAAGAAGAGUUCAAUUACAAGAACAUUCACGAGGUUCCACAGGUUAAGAAGAUAGUAGUGAACUGUGGGAUUGGAGAUGCUGCCCAAAAUGCCAAGGGUCUGGAAGCUGCGAUGAAUGAACUGGCUCUAAUCACAGGGCAAAGGCCUGUGAAGACGAGAGCGAAGAAGGCUGUUGCAACAUUCAAAAUUCGUGAAGGUCAGCCUGUCGGAAUUUCUGUCACUCUUAGACGAAAGGUAAUGUAUUCAUUUCUAGACCGACUCAUCAACUUGGGGCUGCCAAGGACAAGGGAUUUCCAAGGUGUUAACCCAAACAGCUUCGAUGGCCAAGGGAAUUACAGCAUUGGGUUUCGUGACCAGAGUGUGUUCCCAGACGUAAGCCCCUCUGAUGCACUUGGAAAGCAGAGAGGAAUGGAUGUUUGCAUUACUACCACUGCCAAAACCGACAAAGAAGGACAGCGGCUGCUGGCUCUUUUGGGGAUGCCUUUCAAGGAGGGUGGUGGUGGUGACCAAGCUGCCCCUCUGGUCGGAAAGAAGAAGCUCAGAUCUCACCACUUUGACUCUAAAGCAAAGCAGAGGGCAAGGAAAUGAGUGUACUUGUAACAUAACUGUCUAUUGCACGUACUUCCCUUGUCUUGUUCAACUCUUUGUGUAGAAAUGUU